AUGGCUCAAAUGUUCAUGGCACCGUUGGUGCUGUUCCCACCCACCAAGCAUAUGGACAUAUUGAUCCGUGAGGGCGUGCUACAGGAGGGAGGGAUGGCGCAGAGCCAUGGGGAGGUGGAGAGGGGGGUGGUGGAGGGAGCGUAUUGGGAGAUGGUGAAGCAAGAUAUCGCCACUGCUGCUGCCUCGUUAGAAGAGCUGUUCCAUAAAUCUAACGGUGAGUCUGAGAGUGCUUAUAGGGAGUAUAGGGAGGCAGAGAGCCAUGGGGAGGUGGAGAGGGGGGUGGUGGAGGAGAAUGCUUAUAGGGAGAUGGCGAGGCAAGAUAACACCACUGCUGCUGCUUCGUUAGGAGAGCUACUCAUCUUCUCUCUGACGCGCUACGGCGAGGUGAUGGAGGCUUACGUGGCAGGCCUGGAGGACGCCGUGGCAGCUGCCAACGUGGCAGCAGACGCCCUGCCACGUGUCAACCUCUCCUUUGUUGCCUCGGUGGCUUCGUUCUUCAUCUCUCGUGUCGACAGCGCCGUUGACAAGCGUCUCAAGGCCAUCGGAACAGAGGAAGCAUUGGCUCUGUUGGGAAAGGCAGCACUGGCACAGACAGUGGUGGCAUAUGACAUGUUCAAGACCAAGUUCAGCGGUCCCAGGUGGGAGGCUCUGGAGCAGCUGGGAGCACGGGUGCAGCGACCAUUGUGGGCGUCAACAGGAGUGAAAGAUCCGUCGUAUCCGGACACAAUUUACAUCGAUGCUCUGAUUGGUCCACACUCGGUCAACACCAUCCCUGACGCCACCCUUCUUGCCUUUGCCGACCAUGGGGAGGUGAAACGCACUGUAGAUGCUGACGUGGAUGCUGCCUAUGCUGUGCUGGAUCGUCUCAAGGCUGUUGGAGUGGACAUGGAGGAAGUUGCCCAGGUGAGAUACAUUCCUACAAUCGCUAAACGCACUGCUGAACACACCCUCACACGCAUGGGUGCAUGGGUGUACGGCUUUUGA